AUGUUGCCAGAAAAGAACCUUAACAUGUAUACUUCUUCCCAACAACCAGGUGUCGACUUUGAUGGUCAGAUUAAGGAGUCUGUUUGUGUCUCGACACGCCAACGGUACGUUGACAAGGAGGAUGCGGAUGACACCACGGUGUUUUACAACACCCAUAAAGACUCGGUGCGCCCUUUAACUCCUGAAAUAGAAAGGAAACUUGUUCGCAAGAACUUCUGGUUUCUACUUCUCCAGACUUGGUGGAUCUCUUUCUUGAUUCACUUGGACAAGAGUACCCUCUCUUCUGCGAGUACUAUGGGCAUCUUCCAGGAUGUUGAUAUGACCAAGAACCAGUAUAAUCAACUUUUCACUCUUUUCUACGCCGGUUACCUGAUUGCGCUCUGGCCGGGUGCUUGGAUUGCUCAGCAUGUUGGCCACAAACAAUUCAUCUGCGGUUCCCUUUUCCUGUGGGCUUUGCUCAUUGGCGUACAUCCGGCAGUUAAGACCGGGAAGGAGAUGAUGGCUGUUCGUUUCCUGCUUGGGAUGACUGAAUCGCAGAUCGUCCCUUCAACCGCCAUGCUACAUCAGGCAUUUUUUCCACCACGAAAAAGUCCAUGGGUACAGCUGCUGUGGUGGGCCUUUGGAAGUGUCGCCAACGUUCUUUUGACGAUGAUAUCAUACCAGUUAAUUGAAGAUGACAAUCACGGCACACUGGCUGGCAGCAUUGCCUCGUGGAAGUGGCUUCAUAUCGUCUGCACCGCCUUGACAUUCAUGGUCUUUGUUCCCCUCGUUUUCUUCCUGCCCAACACUCCCGUGGAUGCCAGGUGGCUGAAUGAAGAAGAGAAGGUUCACACCAUCGAAAUUAUUCGCAAGACGCAUUCCGGUUUGAGGAACUCGACUUUUAAGUGGUCCCAAGUCAAGGAAAUGAUCCUCGAUAUGAAGAGCUGGCUAUUCAUUAUCCACAUGUUUUUCAAUGAGCUUCCGAACAACACAUCGCAACAGAUUCCUCUGAUUAUCGUUGGCUACGGAUUUACGCCCGCCGAGAGCGCUCUUUUCAACAUCGUCAAGCCCCUCUGGGGCCUGAUCUUGGUCAUAGCAUCCGCUGCCAUGCUCUAUGGUACCAAACUUGGAACUGGUUACACUUGUGCGAUUUCUUAUAUUCCGUGUCUGAUUGGUGGUAUCAUCGAACUUGCGGCGCCCUGGUCAAACAAAGUUGCCCUUAUUGUGGGUACUCAGAUUUCAACUUUCAAGCCGUCCUAUAUGAUGGGUCUUUCUUGGGCCGGAACUACAGCAACUGGAUACACAAAGAGACUUACUCUGAUGACUACCUGCGUCCUUUCGGCGUCAGUCGCCAAUAUGGUCUCCCCCGAGUUCUGGGAAUCCAAGUACAAGCCGCGAUAUGUCUUGCCCUGGGCAUUCAUGACAGCUUUCUGGGCAAUUUCGCCAGCCAUGUGCAUCAUUAUUAGCCUUUAUCUUCAGCGGGAGAACAGGCGGCGACAAGAACUGUUGGCGCAGCAAGAGUCCGAAUCUGACCAUGAAGACGUUCUCAGCAUGAAUGGCCAGGUUGUCAAAAUUGAGAACGAAGACCUGGACACUACGGACCGCCAAAAUCUAAAGUUCACCUAUCCUUUGUAA